AUGUCGUUAAGUCCACCACACAGGACAAGAAAAACUUCUUCCAAGCAGCAGUACUGGCAAAAAGUAGUCGAUCAUAAUCCUUUAGUGAAUAUGGUUUAUGUAUUGCCAUGGACAUUUCGUACAACGUCCGAUAUGAUAGUUGUCGAGCCAUCGAUUUCUAACACAGAUACUAAAAUGAUCGAUACCUUUGAUGUUGAUGCUUCCACAACUUUGAUGAUUCUAGAGGAAACUGGGAAGAUUGAAAUUCAGGUAGUAGAAAGGCCUAGAAAGUCAUCCAUUGUCAUGCUUACACAGCCGAAUGAUACAGCUACUACUCAUAUUCGUCCUUCAUUCAUUUAUGCUACCAUGGAUGGCGUUCCCUUGAAGGGUGCAGCCAUAAACAUUUUACCAUUCUCCGAAAUGUGUAAGUUAGGCAAGCACAUGCAGGAUUUAGUCCCGACAAAGAUAUUUGUUAAUGGUUUUAGCGGUGAUGUUACCAGCACUCGAGGGAUCUUGCCGUUGGAAGUUACUAUUGUUACGGAUGAUGUUUCUUUUGACAUUGAGUUAGCUCAAGCUGUUAAAAAACGGGAUGCCAUUGAACGAGUUCUGAAGUUUUUUGUUGAUGAAUGCAAGUUUAAGGCGGAACAUGCAGAGAUCAAUUGGGAAGAUGUGAUUUAUGAUGCAGAUCUAGAAACAGACGGUGAUGUUAUUGAGCUCAACGAGUUAGCUGUUGCAGCAGACAAGUUAGAGGAUGGCUCGAUCACCACCAAGGAUCUUGUGAUUCCCGUCGAUUUAGGGGAUGGAAUGUUCCCAAACCUACCUAUGUUUGAACACGCGGUUUUUGGAUGUCUGCAAAGUCGUCAGGAAGGAGAUAUUAAAACAGCGCAUGGUGCUUUUCGAAAAAAUUUUCCUUCACGUAUACUUUGGAAAAUCUGGAAGUCGUGCAACAAGAUAAUCUACGAUGGAGCUCAAUCUAGUGUUCAGUGCAUUAUUCAUGCUACUAUGAAACAUGUUCGCUCCAUUAUGGUGAUUCUUGAUCUGAAAAUCCAAGAUGAUGAGGAGAAAGAGUUUUUCAAAACGGUCCUUGGAGUAAAUCUAAAUCGAAUUAUUCGAGCUAGGGUGUGGAAAGUGCCUUGGGUACCACCAGCGGAAAACUCCUUCAUUCUGAAUACGGAUGGAUCAUCGCGCUUAAAUGAUGCUGGAUAUGGGAAAUGUGGAUAUUUGGAAGAAGGAGACAGUUUUAAAGCUGAAAUUAUUGGAGGUUUAUUUGGGUUAAGGAAAUGCGACUCGCUAGGCCUUCAUCAUGUCACGCUUCAAACAGAUAACAAGACCUUAGCGGAGAUAUCGAAGCUGGAUAAGCGACUCUUGUGGAAGUAUUACUCCAUUUUGCAUGAAAUGAUUUAUAUCAUUCGGAAGAAUAAUUUUCAGGUUUUGCAUAUAUACAGGAAGGUUAAUUUGGUUGCCGAUAGAUUAGCAAAUUGUGUGUCUUAUGGUUCCUCAAAAAUGUACUCUAAUCUAGAGUCUUUGCCAAGAGUUGUAAAAGGGUUAUUGAUCCUUGAUCAGUCAUCCUUUCCUUAUAUUAGAACUCGGUUUGUGUGA